CUCUCUCCUUAACAAAUCUCUCAGAUCUCUCUCUCUCUCUCUCUCUCUCUCUCUCUCUCAAAGGUUUGUCUCCCUGUUGAGCUAAGAGAAGCAUUAACUAUGUCUGAUACUGAAGAUGACGUUGUCCUUCCACGUUUUUUCAAGGUUUUCCUCUCAGAAACGGCCUCUGAAUCACUGGCGAUCCCGAUGUCCUUCAACGAACAUCUUGAAGAUCCGUUGCCACGGACAGCGAAGCUCCAAGGCAUUGGAGGAGGAACUUGGACAGAGAGCAUGAAGAGAAUACGCCAGUGUGUGUAUUUCACAUCUGGAUGGUCCAAGUUUGCAGCGGACCAUGAUCUCCAGGACGGCGAGUUUUUGACGUUUGUCUACGACGGUUACAGUACUUUCGAAGUCAGUGUCUACGCUCGUGAUGGUUGUAAGGAGAUAAGAGCUGCGGUGGAUACCGUCGAGCUUCCUGACGCUGAUUCUUCUUCUGAAGAAGAUGAGGAAGAUACUUCAGUUGAUGGAAGUGAUGGCGACAUUAGCAUCAGUGAAGAGGAAGAAGAAGAAGAAGAUCCUUCACUUGUUGGUGAAGAUGAAGAAGCCAGCCAGAGAAUUUACACUGUUGACAGCGAAGAGUCAGAAUCUGAUGCUGCAGUUGUUGCAGGGCUCUCGAAUUUGGAGGUUACGGGUUAUCCAUCCUUCACUACCAGCCUCAAGAACCGGAUCUAUGAGCUGCUGAUUCCAGCAGACGCGGUGAAAGCCAAUGGGCUUACCUUUGGUCCAAAGAUCACAUACAUUGAUGAAGAAGGUACAAUGGAAGGAGCAAGAGGGAAAUGGGCAGAUAAUAGGAAAUUUUUCAAAGGAUGGGACAGGAUCUGUAGAAGGAACAGACUUCAAAAGCAAGAUAGCGUCACUUGCGAGAUGAUUCAUGAUGCUAGGAAACGUGUUCAUUCCAUCAAGAUCCACGUCACUCGUGGUUAAGUCACUCACUCAUCACCCUCUCCAUCUCCAUCCCUAUCAUCGUUAUCAUGAGAACUUUUAAGACUUAAUUAUGGUUUUGUAUCGGAAGAAGUGUUGUAAUUUCCUUCUCUACUUUUAUAUUAGUAGUAAUGCUUUCUUCAUCUCCACGACAUCUUAUGAACCUAUAAAACAGAUCAAAGCUCUUUAUUUCAAUUUAUAUAAAAUUUCAAUGAUUUGUCACAUUGUUCU